UUGGCAAUGAAGGUAUCGGCAUUGUUUCUGCUGCUGCUUCUAAAUCUGAAUCUUGGGAACUGCCAGCUGGAUCAGCAUCCUCCGGUUCCAUGUCCGUUCCAUUUGUACUGUGAAAAAAACAAAGACAGUUUUGUUCUUGAGCUAACCGGCUCUUCAUCUUUAGUGAAACUCCCCGUCCGUCAAAUUGAUUACACAUCACAAACUUUACAAAUUUAUGAUCCCAAACACUGCCUUCCAGAACUCUUUCUCACACUGAAUUACUCAUCAUUUUAUCCUUUCCGAUCCUAUAGAGAGUUUUUCGACGAUAUGGAACUUUCUCUUGACGGUGAGACCAACCUUACUUUCUUUAAUUGUUCUUCGACAGACUCCGACUCCCAGGAACAAGAUACUUUAUCUUGCCCGAUUCGUGUGGCUGGCGAUGAAGACGCCGUCGACUCAGGCUUGGUCUCCUGCACAAAACUGGUUACUAAUCUUAUGCAAUUAAGGCCAAAUCUGAUACAGGGAAAUUCAAUCAACUUGGUAUGGGAUAAUACAAGUUUUCCUAGUGGCCAUGGAUGCUUUGUUGGCUGUAACAGAGGGAAGCCUAAAGCAUGGAAGGAGUAUCAACCCAUUAUUUUACCCAUUACAGGUGCAGCUCUCCUUGUGUCAAUACUCGGUGCCUUGUAUUAUAUACAUCGCUAUUACAUAAACAAAGGGGAAGAUCAACAAAGAGUUGAAACUUUUUUGAAGGACUAUGAGGCAUUAAACCCAACAAGAUUCUCUUAUGCUGAUAUCAAGAGAAUUACUAAGCAGUUUAAGGACAAGUUAGGUGAAGGUGCUCACGGAGCUGUAUAUAAAGGAAAAUUGUCCAACAAAAUUCUUGUUGCUGUCAAGAUUCUCACUAACACAGACGGCGAUGGCAAAGAAUUCAUAAAUGAAGUGGGAACAAUGGCCAAAAUCCACCAUGUCAAUGUGGUUCGCUUGCUUGGCUACUGCGCCGACGGAUCUCACCGCGCUUUGGUUUAUCACUUCUUCCCCAAUGGUAAUCUCCAGACCUUCAUUGCUUCGUCCAGCGACAAGGAAAACUUUCUUGGAUGGAACAAGAUGCAUCAGAUUGCUCUCGGCAUAGCUAGAGGGAUUGAAUACCUUCACCAAGGCUGUGAUCAAAGAAUUCUGCAUUUUGAUAUUAAUCCUUACAAUGUCUUGUUAGAUGACAAUUUCACUCCAAAAAUUUCAGAUUUCGGUUUGGCUAAGUUAUGCUCCAAAAAUCGAAGUACUGUAUCCAUGACUGCGGCAAGGGGAACUUUAGGAUACAUGGCGCCUGAAGUUUUUUCUAGAAACUUCGGCAACGUAUCUUACAAAUCCGAUAUCUACAGUUAUGGGAUGUUAUUGCUUGAGAUGGUUGGAGGAAGAAAAAACACAAACGAGAAUCAAGAAACAUUUCAAGUUCUAUAUCCCAAUUGGAUACACAAUUUGCUUGAAGGAGAUGACACAUAUAUUCCAGUUGACGAUGAUGGAGAUUUUAGAAUUGCAAAGAAACUUGCAAUAGUGGGACUAUGGUGCAUCCAGUGGCACCCGGUUCACCGUCCCUCCAUGAAAAGUGUAGUUCAUAUGCUUGAAGGAGAGGAAGACAAGUUGAAAGUGCCGCCAAAUCCUUUUGAAUCUGCCGCUGAGAGUAGUUCAAGUGCAAAUAUUCCAGCAAGAUGCUUGAAUUUGGAACUGGAAGUGAUUCCAGAAACAGACUAGUUUGAUUUAAG